GUUCUUUUAAUGGCGAAUUGCAACCGGAAGAAGGGUUAUCGCCUUGUAGUUAGUCCUGGAUCGAUAAGUUAAGACAUUCAACUUCAAUGCAGAAGAUUACGACUUAAAAACGUUAAGAACCGUGUUGCUCAAAAUAAUGUUCUUAUUAAAUAACGUCAUUAAUUGUUAUGUAUUCACAAUGUAGCUCUCGCUUGGAGCAGCACUUAUAAACAUUCAAAAGUUGAUUCGCAGUUUAAGUUUUCCAGAAUCAACCUUCACAUAGUAAUGAAUAAAUAGGCUAAAUACAACUACAGAAUAUGCGCUUAAAUAAGUACAUACAUAGUAAACAAUAAAUCAAUAACAAUAAAGAAAUUCCACACUAAAAGAAAGACAAAAUAAAAAUGCAAAGUAAGUUUGUUAUUUCUGUUUUCAUAUAGAAGUCAUACAAAUAUUUGUAGUUGUCUUAUUUUGCACGGUGCAUUUUCGGUCCUCAUGCUGAGAGAGGCUGUCACGUUGUUUACGCUGACGUCACGCCAACAUAAAUUAACGGUUGUUUUUACCAAGAAGCAUGGUUGCGUUGGUAGCGUUAAUCCACGUAGUCGGAGCAAGCGGCAACCGCCACAACACCUGAAAAAAACAUGGGCCUGUUGUCCAUUCUUCGGAGGCUGAAGCAGACUCCAGAAAAGGAGGUGCGCUUACUGUUGCUUGGCUUGGACAAUGCUGGAAAGACCACUCUGCUGAAACAGCUGGCGGCAGAAGACAUCAGCCACAUCACCCCCACACAAGGCUUCAAUAUUAAGAGUGUUCAAUCAUCUGGCUUUAAGUUGAAUGUUUGGGACAUUGGAGGUCAGCGCAAGAUCCGCCCUUACUGGAGGAAUUAUUUUGAGAACACAGAUUUACUGGUCUAUGUGAUUGACAGCUCAGACAGUAAAAGGUUUGAAGAGACGAGCCUGGAGCUGUCUGAGUUGCUGGAGGAGGAAAAGCUCGCUGCUGUCCCACUGCUAAUAUUUGCCAACAAGCAGGACCUGAUGACAGCCACUCCAGCGUCUGAGCUGGCAGAGAGUCUCCACCUGCACACUAUCCGGGAUCGAAUGUGGCAGGUGCAGGCCUGCUCAGCAGUCACUGCUGAGGGAGUGCAGGUAAAUACACACAGUCUGCAAACACAGCAAGGAUUUGAGAGCGCAUGGGCUGCAGAGUGGCCUUGGCAAUCAGUUUGAGAACUCACAGGACCAAGCGAACAUGUGAUGUUCUAUUUAUUUGUAGUUAGUUUGAUUUAUAUUCUUAGGAUGUACACUAGGACGACAGCGCAACCGACCACAAAAUGUGAAUAUUGCUUCCGUACAUGUCACAUUUAAAACUUCCUGUCAAAUUCCUACGUUCAUGUUAACUGACGAGCCAGCAGCAACUUUUCAGUUACGUUCUGUUCAACCGAGGACAGGACUUCGCCCGACUCAACCUAUAUGUGCUAAAAAUUGCCCGGAUUAAAGGUCCCAAGUUAAGUAUGUUUCUAACCACCAAAGAGGCUUUGCUGUUGUGUCUCCACCAUACGUAGAAAUGGCUCCUGUGAGAAUGUCCUCACCAGCCGCAUCAGGACAAUGUUAUUGAAACAACAUCAUUACAAUCAUUAAUUGUAAACAUAUUUUUCAACUGCGGCUCACAGGGAUUACAUCUCACUCAUUUUAACAGCACGAACACAUUGUCUGCUUCUUUCCAGGAUGGCAUGAACUGGGUUUGCAGAAAUAUAAAGUUUGGAAAGAAAUAAUUCAGGAAGCAAAAGAUCCGUGAACAACUGCACUUGCACUUUGCAUUUCACCUACGCUGUCCAGGACAAUAUUUUUUAUUUUUUUAUUAUAAUAACCACUUUUGUCAGUCUGUCUUCACCUGGCAGUGUAAAAACUAAGAAGUUUUUAAGACGGUGAUGAUCAUUUCUUAACUCUGUCAAUGCAUAUCUUGUAAAAUAAGUUUUACUCAGACUGUUGUUGUGUAUACAGUUAUUUUUGUAAUGUGGUACUUUGUAUGUAGGCAUAAAUAAAAUUCAAUAUUUUGUA